UCUUUUUGUAUUCUUGCGCAAUGACGGUUUCACAACAAAAGGCCAAUCGAUUGCCACUCGGGAAUAACCCUGCGCGAGACUACAAGAAAUCCAAAAUGGCUUCUUUUGCAAAAAUUCUCAAUUUUGCGGGGCGUGCUUUGGUUAGGGAACAAGGCCUUGCAGGGUCAGUCGUUUCAAGGACACAAACCGGCAGGUUUUUCACGACUUCUGCUAAACUUCUGUCUGUGAGAGUCCAGCAUCCAGCCCCAGAUUUCAGUGGCCAGGCUGUGGUUGAUGGCAAAUUCCAACCAAUUAAGCUUGCUGAUUAUUCAGGGAAAUGGCUUGUGCUUUUCUUCUACCCAUUGGAUUUUACUUUUGUAUGUCCAACUGAGAUAAUUGCAUUCAGUGAGCGCAUGGAGGAUUUCAAAAGUCUUGGUGCUGAGGUGGUUGGAGUGUCGACUGAUUCUCACUUCAGUCAUUUAGCCUGGAUUAAUACUCCAAGGAAGCAAGGUGGUCUUGGUGGCCUGAAGUAUCCGCUGUUAUCUGACUUCAAUAAGACAGUGUCCAGAGACUAUGGUGUUCUUUUAGAAGAUGCUGGCGUUGCUCUGAGGGGUCUGUUCCUGAUCGAUCCCAGUGGAACGGUGCGACAAGUGACAGUAAAUGACCUGCCUGUUGGAAGAUCGGUUGAUGAGACCAUCAGACUGAUUCAGGCAUUCCAGUUUGUAGAGAAACACGGAGAAGUUUGUCCUGCUAAUUGGAAACCAAAGUCAGGUACGAUAAAACCAACCCCAGAAGGAUCAAAGGAGUAUUUCUCAAAGCAAUGAGACAAUGAGUGAUAAUCUAUGAUGAAUAUAUUUGCAUGAUAAUGGCAUUUAUCAACUGAAUUUGAAGGCUACUGGACUUUUCAUCUAUUGCAGCAUUUGUCAUGACAACAUUUUAGGCAAAAGGUUCUCUACAUGUUGUACCCGUAACUGUUCUAAAGUCAGUCCAAGAAAAUAUGAUUCCUGAUCUUCAAAUUUGCAAUGUAGAUAAUGCUUAGAUUCCUAGUUGUGUGAAAAGAGUUGGUCAGUGGUGCUUUGCUAGUCGUUUUGGAACAAAUAAUACAACUGACAGUUCAUGGAG